AUUGUUUGCUUUGGUAGAUGAUGAAAAUUUACGCACUCACGAGUGUUAUGGCACUUGGCGAAUGGGUCAAGAAACAACCUCAUUUACAAGCAAAAUCCCUAGAUGCCAAGUUUCUGUUGAGAUGUUUACGCGGAUGCAAAUACAGCAUGGAGAAGACAAAGAAGAAGCUGGACCUGACGUUAACUUUACGCAUUGCCCUGCCGGAAUUUUUCAGGGAUGGCAUCCGAUGUCUCCUGAAAAUCAAGAGGCUCAAAAUAAGUUUGGGGGGAACCCUUCUUCUGCCCGGGUAUGAUCGCCAAAGCCGUAACGUGGUGAUAAUCCGACCCGAUUGAGAAGAUUCAACGGGCCAGUUUUAUGAUUUAGGAUAUAGUGAGUGAUGAAGACGAGCAGAUGUUUGUUUGUCAGAUUUCUCCGAUUACGCCAUGAAUCACUUUACGGCCAUGCCGU